AUGAAUGACAUCGUGCACACUGCCACCCACCUCUCGUGGCCGGCGCUGGUCCUUGGCUUCGUGGCCCUUCUCUUCGUCGCCUACCACGCCCUCCUCCUCCUCCUGCACGCCAUCGCUCCCAAGCCCCGCGCCGUUCUUCCCUCCGAAAAGACAUACUCCACGACGACCCCAGACUCGGACGACACAGUCACCCAUGCACUCCCCUGCUGGUUCGACCGUUGGCUUGCUGAGCGUCAGGCUUCGGAGACGGCCACCAAGCUCUCUGACCCAUCCAACGUACCCCUUCCCGACUCGGGCACCAUCGAGCCCGCCUCUGUCCGCGUCACCGUCGUCAUACCUGCCUACAACGAGGAGGCACGCAUCUUGCCGGCGCUUGAAGAGGCCGUGACCUAUCUCGACGCCAACUUUGGCCGCCCUGCCUCUACCUCCACCCUCUCGCCGCCCCCCUCGGCCAAGCGCACGCCCUCCCCGCACCGUCGGGUCCAGAACGCCCCCUCCGACAAUCUCACCGGCUACGAGAUCCUCAUCAUUGACGACGGCUCCUCCGACGCCACCAUCUCGGUCGCCCUCGCCUUUGCCCGUAAGCACGCCCUGCACGACACGCUGCGCGUCGUUCGCCUGGCGGCCAACCGCGGCAAGGGCGGCGCCGUGACGCACGGAAUGCGCCACGCCCGCGGCGAGUACGUCCUCUUUGCCGACGCCGACGGCGCCUCCCGCUUCAGCGACCUCGGCAAGCUCAUCGAAGGCGCCGAGGAGGUCGUCGACGGCGCCCACCGCGGCGUGGCCAUUGGCUCGCGCGCCCACCUCGUCGGCUCGGCCGCCGUCGUCCAGCGCUCCUUCGUCCGCAACUUCCUCAUGCGCUCCUUCCACCUCGUCCUCACUAUCCUCACGCCCCCCGCCACGAGCCGCCUCGCCGACACGCAGUGCGGCUUCAAGCUCUUCACGCGCGCCGCCCUGCCCCACGUCGUGCCCUACAUGCAUGCCGAGGGCUGGAUCUUCGACAUUGAGAUGCUCCUCCUCGCCGAGAGCGCGCCCCCCGCCCCCGUCCUCGGUGCCGACGGCGCUGUUAUCGGCACCAGCCCCGGCAUCCGGGUCGCCGAGGUCCCCAUUGACUGGCACGAGGUCGACGGCUCCAAGGUCAGCCUCAUCGCCGACAGCAUCCGCAUGGCCGUCGGCCUCGCCGUCCUGCGCGCCAGCUGGAUGAUGGGCGUCUACCGCCGCCGAUUGACGUAG